AUGCACCGGGGUCUAACAGUCCUCCACGCCCGACACAUACUUUCCAACGAAUCACUCACCAGCCAACACGUCAAAGAUCUCUGCAUACUAUGCUGGCUAUCGGAGGUUCUCCAGGCGGUAUACACCAUAUGGGAUGAUAUCAUCGACGACUACAUGACCCAUUGCGGCCAGUUCUGCUGGCUCCAUCGACAGGGGAUAGGAAUGAACUCCAUCAACGAAGCGUGCAUUAUUAGACCACUGAUUUUCUCGCUUCUGCGGGUCUACUUCGGGGAGGACCCGCGGUAUGCACGUGUGGCGGAUCUCUUCCUGGAUAUGGGGCUCAGGACGGAACUCGGCCAGCUCACCCAUACAUACUCUGCGUCGGUGGAUGUGAGGAGCGAUCUGUAG